GCAGAUGAAAUCCACACCUCUACUGGUGGAUCAACCAAGCCUUCGGACACUGGUUCAGCCAUUGUGGCCAAUUUGGCAGAUCUCACAAAAUUGGGAGCCUCCGAAACUCGACUGAACUGGCUGUGGAUUCUGCAGGAGGCAAGCCAAUACUGGGGACCAACCAUGGUCACCGAUGACACCAUGUCGCACUUGGGCGCUUUCGCAGCCGAGAAGACCCCGGGGCAAGUGGGUUCUGUGCCUUUCGAUGCCCGCGUUGUCGGUGUUUGGGAAGGCAAUACCAGCAAGGCCUUGGGAGGUUACCGUCAACGCAUCGAAUUCCACAAUGAUUGCAUCCAUGCAAACGUCACAGUGAUGGGCCAAACUAUGGAAGCUCGAUUCCGUAUGAACUGCUCAGUCGAGCCUUGCCAGCUUGACAUUGAAGUCCUGCCCAAGGGAACCAGCCCUCCACCAGCGAUUCCUUACAUUUUCAAGUUCCAGAACGGUUCUUUGCAUUUGUGCGGCCCGGCCGACAAUCGUAUGCAUCGGGCCACGAACUUUGACGGUCCGGGAUUGUGCAUCAUGGACAAGAUUGAGAAGAUGCCAGCACCUACGUCUUUUGAGCCUGACCCUGAAUUCAGCCGUAACACAACUGAGAGCGUGAAGGAUCAGCUUAUCACAUCUCCAUUGUUCAAUGAGAAGGUCUUCAGGGCUGUUUGUUUGGACGUCAAAGAGCAUAUCACACCGACGAAGCAGAGCAAGAGCGUCGUCCACUGGAUUGAGGAGCGUUUUCAACGAUGCAAGAGCGUCAUCUUUGUGCUUAGCAAUCCUCAAGGUUGCAUGCAGAGCCCGCCGGGCGAAGCGCCUUGUUUCAAGCUGAGUGCCAACACCCGGAGCCCAGCUGGCAGCUUUUCGGCGGAUACCCCGCCCAGCUUUCUGUUGGCCUUGAUGUUUGGUGUCCUGGCAUGUGCUGAACGACUCUUCUCUCGUGCUGACUGGACCAUCGCACAUGUUCAGCCCAACGCUGAUGGACUGACUGCUCCCGGCCGUCCUGUCUACACCAUGCAGUACUUUGAGUGGGGGAUCAACGUUCCAAUCCUCUUCAUUUUGUCAGGGUAUUGCAGUUUGGGUCGGCCUUUGCAUGAAGUAUCACGUCCCUUGAUCGUCACCAACAUCUAUGUCAUCUUCUCUUGGGCAGCAGCUGCUUCAACUUCAGGAUUGCUCAAAUGGAUGCUUGUUUUUGUCGCAUUUGCCCUCUUCGGAUGGGCAUCUGCUGACAUGUUGGCUUGGGUUGACAAGUUCGAGCGUUCAGCGCCCCAAGACCUACCAAGCCGUAACAUUCGACCCUGGCUCUCCAACGGCUUGAUCAUCGAACUCCUGCUGUACGGCGUCGUUUACAUGUCAUCCAUGCUGGGAUUGAUCGACGCGCAUACCGAACGCAAAGGCUUCUUCGUUCUGACUUUUGGUUCCAAGAUUGCCUACUGUGCAGCCUUUGUCUUCAUUCGAGCUGAUGAAUAUCACAAGACUUUGACUGACGUUCUGCGAAAAGUCAGCGUUUCCAACGUGGGCAUGAUUUCGAUUUUACGUGGAAGUUUCGAUAUCAUCCUGCCGUGCGUUUUGGAUGCUGCUGGCCGUUGCAAAUUGCCCCCGCAGAUGUCAGGAGAUAUGGAAAAACUGGAGAAGAUGUUGGGCUGCCGCGUGGCCGGCGCCAAUUUGAAGGAUCUUUUGGCUGGGGAAGAAGACAAGUCAGACUUCUCUGCCUACGUUCGAAACGUGGUGCGCCAAGCCGAUUGUCCUCAAGGAAGCGAAGUGUCUUUGUCUACUCAAGGCAUUUGGACAUGUUCUGCUGGAUCUAUGCCACCAAUUGCACAGGUCCUGCACAGCAAGAUGAUGUCCAAGACCAGCCAGAGCCGUCUUUCUGCGACUCUCCAUCUCUCUGUCGUGCCACGUUCAGCCGUGAGCCACGGCAAGGAACGUCAUUUGGUGGCCGCUAUUCAAUUCGCAGCAACCAUUGACGAGUCAAAGGAAGCAGACACUGGAGCAGCUGGCUUUGAGACCUUCAAGGUUCCAACAUGCACAGCUGUUCCAUACUUGUCUCAGUUCAAU